GAGGAGAAGGAAGAGAAGGAGCGGAGGGAGGAGGCGGCGGAGCUGGGGAAGUGGUUGGAACCCCGGCCGGAGCCCGCCAUGGCCUGCCCCAGCCCCGGCCCCAGCCAAGCGGUCACGGCCGAGGCCGCGAGCCCGGCCCCGGACAUUCACGACGUGCCCCUGGUGGCUCUCAACUUCAGGGUGAGGAGCCGGCUGUCCUUGUACCUGAACCCUCCCACCCAGGUGUCAGCCUACUGGCCCACGCUGGCCGAGGAGCUGGGCUUCCAGUACUUGGAGAUCGUGAACCUGCAGACGCAGCCCGACCCCACGCGCCGCCUCCUGGACGCCUGGCAGACGCGCGAGCGGGCCACCGUGGGCCGCCUGCUGGAGCUGCUCCACAAACUGGAGCGGCUCGACGUGCUGGAAGACCUGCGGCCCAGCAUCGAUGAGGAUUGCAAGAAAUAUCUGAAGAAGCAGCAGGAGGAAGCAGAAAAGCCUCUCCAAGUGCCUGCUGUGGAUAGCAGCAACCCUCAAACGCUGGAGUUUAUGGGCAUCACCAUUCAGGAUGAUCCACAGGCACCAGAAUUAUUUGAUGCUUUCAUCUGCUACUGUCCCAGUGACAUCCAGUUUGUUCAUGAGAUGAUCCAGCGCUUAGAGCAAACCGACUGCCGCCUGAAGCUGUGUGUGUCGGAUCGGGACGUCCUGCCCGGCACCUGUGUCUGGUCCAUCACCAGCGAGCUGAUUGAGAAGAGGUGUCGAAGGAUGGUUGUUGUCAUUUCUGAUGAGUAUCUGCAGAGCAAUGAAUGUGACUUCCAGACCAAGUUUGCUCUUAGCCUAUGUCCAGGGGCUCGACAGAAGCGCCUGAUUCCUGUCAAGUACAAGCCCAUGAAGAAGGAAUUCCCCAGCAUCCUGCGCUUCAUCACGCUCUGUGACUACACCAAUCCCUGCACCAGGAGCUGGUUUUGGCCACGUCUCGCCAGAGCUCUCUCCCAGCCCUGAGGUGCCCUCCCUCAGAGCCUCCAAAGACUGCUUGACUCCUGGGGGAGAAGGGUGGGCUGGUUUGGCUUCUUUCUUAAGCCCAAACUAGCCCCUACGGAUCCAUCUGGAGUCUGUAGUGUGCAUCUCCUGUGUGCGCUUCUGUGGGGCUUCACACCUGUAAUAUUGCAGAUCCAUCUGACCAGUAGGUCAGUUGAGGUCGGUGGGACUAAGCCCUAGGGAGUCACACAGUACAUAAGUAUUGGAGGUAGGUUUCGAACCCGGUCCUGGAUUUGCGCUACACUCUCUUCACUAUGCCAUGAUGCCUAUUGGUUGAGUGGCUCUAAGGAGAAAAGUUCAAUAUGACUGUUUCAAAGGAACGAAUCCUGUAGCUCCCUUCCAUGGGGAAAUCAUGAUGACUGUUUUAUUCUCUAAGUGCCUGCAAAUGACCACCCCAUUAAUAAUCCCUUGAAGAACUUUACAGAGCCUUGGGAUUCAGAAUUUAAAGCUUUUCCUUUUCCCCCCUUUUAUGAAAACCUCCAGGCGGGUAUUGCCUCUUAUUUCCCAUGAUUCCUUAAGUUUUUGUAAUCACAUCCACAAGUUAACUCGUUGUCUUUAGCUGCAGUUCAUGUGGGCAGCUGCAAGCUCCUUUAUUACAUCUUUGUGCUCCUUGGCUUUUGAGGAACCCUUUUUCUUCUUUCUUUCCUCAUGGAGAGAUCAUUCUCUCUGGUGGAAAAACCAGAAAUACGUGGCCAAGAUAUUGUCAUUUCCUCGACCACCAUCUCCCUUUGGUACACCACAUGACCUCAAGGAUCCCAUUUCUCACUCCAGAGAAGGCUGGUGUGGAAGGAGAUAGAACCAAAAUUCUUGGAGCCAAGCUCAAGGGACAGCCACCUGCAGAAAGAACAGAAUCGCCACAGACUUAAGGAAUAACCCUUCUUAUGGAGCCCCAACCAGGAAUUUUUGCCCCUGGAGGACCCACUAGGAACCACACCCAGAGCAAGAAAUAGGAAAGGCCCCAUAGUUGGAGGGAAUCUGGAUAUGGUCCCAGGGAAAUGGAGAGACAGACUCCACAGUAUAUAUAUAUAUUUUGUUAGGUUGCUGAGGGGUUGGAGUGGCAGGAUGGUCAAGGGAAGUAUUUCUUUCUGGGUAUAUUCCUAUGUAAGAAAUUCUUCCUGAAUAGGUCCUAAGUUCUGUUGUUUACAACCUCAAAAGGACCGUUGAUCAGGCACUCCUUAAAUUCAGCAUUCUGGGACAAAGCCCUGAGAAUCCUACCUUAGUUAUACUCUCUCAGCUUGACUGUAACCAACCCUAAUCUGUGGGCAGCCAGAGCCAAAACAAAGCAGGCUAGAGACAGGAGAGUCAGGAUACAAAUAGAAAUUUAACUAAUUUCAGAGUGAGGAAAAGGACAUCUGCAGGCAGAAAUUCACCUUCUAAGAAGGAGGGCUUAAUGAUAAAUGUGAAAAUUUGUAUAGAAGAAUUGUCCGUUCAACACAUAUUGUACAAGUUUAACAUAUUAACAUAUAUAUCUCCUUUAGGGGAGGAGAUAGGAGGAGAGGAGGGAGAAAAAUUUGGAAUACAAGGUUUUACAAGGGUGAAUGUUGAAAACUAUCUUUUCGUGUAUUUUGAAAAUAAAGAUUAUUUUUUUAAAAAGGAGGAGGAGAAGGGCUUAAAGCUGCUGAUGCUGAGGCCACUUGUAUACACUUAUAUACAUGAAAGGGAUUGGCCCACAUCCCAGUCAUUCUUAGAUCUUGAGAUAGUUCUCACGCUUAGCAUUUCUUGGGACGGUACAGGUGGUUCUUGGGUCCGAUGGGAACAGUCAUUGUCUCAAGUUUUUGGAGUCGUGGCCAUGAUGUGGGCACAGAACCAGAAUUCUGAGAUGGGAAUAAGAGUGUAGUAUCAGUCAAUGACAAGGAAGAGGGACUGUAACCAUGCGAUGGAUGAUGGCCCUGGGAAAUAAGGGGAACUAAAUGAAUGUUGGUCUAAGCAAAGGGUGAUAUCACCUGAAUAUAAAGGAUUGCUGUUAUGUCAGAUUAAGGACACGGUUUGCUUGCUUUCCCAGUCUUAGCUCUGCAAAGUAGAAUAUCUCCAAAAUAUUUGACAUUUCCCUUUUUGGGUCAAAAGGCAAAGGGUCUGAAAAACCCCCUCCUCUUAUGGCUAAUAAAGGAGAUACAGGUACAUGCCAUGGGAUAUUAUUGCCUAUGGGGUUAAUUACUUCAGGAGAUAUACCGGAGAAGUAUGUCCCAGAUAUCAUUGCUAACCAUUGUUUGAAAAGAGGGGGCGCCAAGAACAUCAGAGUGAAAAAAACGCCAAAAUACACUUAAAUCAGGGCCUUCGUGUUUGGGUACAUACCAAAAAGGGACAAAGAGAGAAAAAAAAUUAGAACAGUAGAUUCAGCCAUUAUUUGUCCAAAAUCUUGGGAUAGCUGUCUCCUCUGGAUGUCAGCUGCUUCUGGAUCCAUCUACUCAGGAAUAGGGACUUACUGAAGUAAGAUGAUCCAGGUGCAAUAAAGUUUUUCCUCAUAAUUCCCAAAAUUGCAUAAUUACAUUAUCAGAUACAUAUCGAAUUAUUUAGAGGGCUCACAAAUGAACUAAUUUUGAGAAGGGAGAUUUACAUGUCACCAAAGUAACCAAGAAAAUGUAAACGUUAGCAUCAAGUCCCACAUAACAGAGCAAACCAAACUAUCUCUUGGUCUAUGGGGAGUCAAAACAGAGAAGGCAGAAGCAGUGGCUUAGGGGAACAGAAAGGAGAGAUGGGCUAGUCCCAGAUGUUUCAUAUAGUUAUCUGGUUCAUAGCUAUCUUUUCUUGGACAAUAAGCUUUUUUCUCAGGAUGACUCUAAAGGAAGCUUUGCUUCUCUGAUUCCAAGUCCACAGAAUAUGACCAAAUUUAAUGCAAUCACUUAAAUUUGGUUCUCCAGUUAUGAAACUUGAGAGAAUUUCAGUUUAUACAUCAUUUGCUGAUUCUAGCUUUACCUAAAUCCUGGACCUGAGAUCAUGUUUGAUAAAAUUCAUUUGUAAAUUUAUCUGAUUCUAGUGCUAUUUUUUUUUUUAGGAAGCUCAUUUAUGGCAUGUUUUUCUGCCUUUUAAAAUUAUCAAACAGAUACUUUAAAGAUGGAAAGAUAUUUUCACUUUCUGUACUAUUAUCAAUACAAUUUAUGUGUAAAAUCAAAUUAAUCCUUCAUUAAUAAAACAUUAAAACUUACUACCAAAAUAUAAAUUUCUAUGAUUGGUAAAUUUAGAAGCCAAUCAUACAGAUCUGUAUAUAGUUCCUAGAGGAAACAGUCUAAUCUUUUUUUUUUUCAAAAUUUACUAUUCCAUUUAAUUAAAAAACUUUUAUAUUACAUCUUUGUCUUAUUAUCUUGUCUAAUUUCCCUCUUUGGAGAAUAUUUUAUAAUCUGACCACAAAUAUAAGUUAAAAUUGUAAGAUGUUCAUACUUGCAUCCUAUUAUAAUAACUUGGAGAUGUCCCCGUAUCGAUCUAUUAUUUAACAGAUUUAGUUUAUACUUACAAAAUUUCUUGAUUUUAGAAUUUUGUUAUAUGAGGGGGAAAACUCUAGCUCUAGAUUCCAGGCAUGAGUCAUAUCUGAUAGCCAGUCCUAUAGUCAGAGAUUGUUUAAUGAUUUAAGAUUAACUUUUUCAGCAAGAAAAUAGCACAAUGGGAAAAUGGAGUCAGAAUGUCAUCUAGGCUGUGUCCUUAGUAGUCCCCAGAUUGCUGCAUGUGCCAUUUUCUACUAUUGGCUUUAUAAUAAUUCAAUCAAAGUUCAAAACAAAAGUAAAUUUAUAGUCCCAGGAAUUUUUACCUCAAAUAACAAAAUUUUACUAACCACAACUUAGAGCUUGAAAAUCUUUCCUGAUGUUUCCCUAAUAGUUAAUAUUUUAUUAAUUCUUUACUUAUAAGUUAAAACUACUCCUAUUCUGGAAUUUCAAACAUAUAGGAAAUAUUUGAUUUUGACUCAUCAUUAGUAUGCUAAAGCUACAUCUUUAAACCACCUUAUACACUUUUCAUAAUAGCCAAGAUAUUCAAAUGAAAAUCUGCUAUCAUAGUAAAUAUUAUUAGAGCUAAUAUUAUUUUACCUCUUUAUAACUAAAUAUACCUUAUUAAAAUAUUAAAGAAUUUUCAAAUAUCCAUUUUUCAUCCAAACCUUUGUGUGAUGAUAUCCAGAUUAAGAAAUUGCUUUGUCUAACAGCAUUUCUGUCUCACAAUGGUCUCUUAAAUUUUACAAUACAAAUUUUAAAAUAAAAUACAAUUUAGAAAUAUAAGAAUAACACAAACAAUAAAUUGGAGAUGACAUUAAUUGCAUUUCUAAAUCAUCACAAGUAGAAAUCAUUGAUCUAUUAUCUUUAGCAUUUUAAAACCACUUUAAAGUUAUUAAAUAUGGAACAAUUAUAUUCGAUUAGAGAAAUAAUAAUGUAACAGUAUAUUCCAGUCACAGUGUUAAGUACUUUACAAUUAUAUCAUUUUGAUCUCACAACAACAAUCAUUAUUAUUUCUCUCUUUACAAAUUAGAAAACUAGGACAAACACAGACAAAAUAACUUGCCAUAAAUUGCAUGGCUCGUUUGGAACAGAGAAGAAUGAGGAAAGGCUGGCUGGCUCCCCUACCUUGAACUUGUACACUAGAUAUUGCAGGGGCAUCUGGAUUCUCCCACUGACUGUCUGAGUUUUGGGGGGGAUGCAGUAGAAUGCACUGACUAGGGGCUGUGGUGGCUGGUACUGGGACCCUCCUAUUGGUAGGAUUGGGGAAUUGGUGGAGCAGAGUAUUUGGGGUCCACUGUAGUUGCUGUCCCCCUUUCUCUCAGGUAGGGCAGAAUUUGUAUUUUCCUACAAUUCUCCAGCAUUCUCUUUUGUUAAUUGAUGUGAGAUGAGAGUGACAGGGAUUGUAAUGGUUUUGUUAGUUCCCACAACUAAGAUACACCUAUGAGUCCAGGGAAGGAAAGUGGGGCAUGUUGGUUGAGUGAUUGGAUCUGUGGGAAGGGUCCCUCAAUGCUUUCUGGGGUACUUUCCCUUUUUCAACAACCUCUUUGGCCUUUAUUUAAAGGGGACAUAUUUUCUUUUCAUAAUGGUGUAGAAGGGGACUUGGAGACAAAAUAGAAAGUCAAUGAAAAGUUAACAAGAGAUUGCUAUUUACCUAAAUGUUUCUUCUAUUUCUUGUUUAUUUCUGGGCUUUCUGCCAACUAAUUUUUCUUCACUGCCCUAAAACAAUAAAGCUAUUAAUCUUGUCAUUUA